ACGCGCGGAGCCUGCCGGUGCCGCCCUUCCCUGACCGGGUGUCGUGAGUGCCGCGUGCGGUCUCGCCUUCACCUGCCCGCCCACCUGUCCGCCGCCGCGCGCUUCGCGUCCACCCCAGCGGCCGAGCAAGAUGGCAGCCGAGGAUGUGCGGGUGGCCGAGCCGCCCAAGCCGGAGAUGGACGAGGACAAGCCCAUGUCUCUGUACCAGAAGACGGAGGCGGCGCUGAAGACCACCGGCGAGAAGGCGUCCGGCCUGUUCGCCGGCCUGGGCGCCAAGUUCAGCGAGGCCCGCGAGUCGGCCACCUUCAAGUCGGUCGAGGAGCGGGUCGGCACCAUGGUCACGACGGUCAAGAGCAAGGUUUCGUCAUCGCGCAGCAACUCGACCCAGUCGUUCGAUGAGGCGCUCAAAGAGGCUGAGGCCGCCAAGAAGCAGGCGGAAGGCGCCGCACCCGCCGCCGCCCCAGAAGAGAAGCCACAGUAGUGGCGCCGCGGCCGGUCGGGUCGGCGAGUUCAGUUUCUUCCCCGGACCGCCAGGUGGCCACCUCCGCUGCUCGGCAUCGAAAGUGUCUCAUUCCAGUGCAGUUAUUUCGUUGAAAGUCAAAAGCAGUUUAUUUACACGUGCGUGAUAGUGAAGUCGGUUGUUGUGUUUCUAUUGCAACGUGUGUGAAAAGGUGGCGAAAACUGGGUGUCCUGAGCCCGUCUACGACUGCGUGGGUCACGAAAAAAUUAACGCAUUUUAACGCCUGGCUAGUGCAUGCUUCGCGAGGUGGGUUCCAGCUAAAGUUGUACAGAUUAUCAUGUAACUGGUGCAGCCUUAUUGAAUGGCAUGAUAUCGCGAGUACAUCUGGGUGGUGUGUUUAUUAUAUCAGAGCUAACCUCUGUUUUAUCAUGGCAUCGAAGAUCUGAAGCAUUGAGCAUGAGUUCACCAAAGUUCGACUCUCGUCAUGGAGAGGCGGGUGAUCUGGCAAAGGUCUAACCGAGCUCGGUCGCCAGCACGUCUCAGAUUCAUUAGCCCGUGUAGCCCUCCUUUGUUUUUCACUCCUUCGCAGUGGUGUGGUAACUGGGUAGCAUGUGAUAGAUUGGUAUUGAAUAAAUUGAUCUAAAAGGGC